UGUGUGCUAAGUAAUACGACACUGUCGCUCAGUAAGUUGGCGGAAGUCUUCACGGCUGGCUUCUUCCUUUUUGAGUCCACUUCCAGAGAAGGAAGGGCUUAUUAGAGAUGGGAAGGGUCAUCCGUGCUCAAAGAAAAGGUGCGGGAAGCGUCUUCCGCGCCCACACUAAGCACAGGAAGGGUGCCCCCAAACUUCGUUCCAUUGAUUUUGCUGAACGUCAUGGUUACAUGAAGGGUAUCAUCAAGGAGAUUAUUCACGAUCCUGGCAGAGGAGCCCCCCUUGCGCGAGUAGUAUUUCGUGAUCCGUACAGAUACAAGCUACGCAAGGAACUGUUCCUGGCUGCAGAAGGCAUGUACACUGGCCAGUUUGUCUACUGUGGCAAGAAGGCGCAGCUCCAGGUUGGCAAUGUGUUGCCCUUGAGUGCAAUGCCCGAAGGUACAGUCAUUUGCAACGUUGAAGAGAAGCCCGGAGACAGGGGCAGCCUCGCGCGUACUUCCGGCAACUACGCAACAGUGAUCGCACACAACCCAGACUCUCGCAAGACACGUGUUAAGCUGCCAUCGGGUGCCAAGAAAGUGCUGUCCUCGGCCAACAGGGCCAUGGUGGGCAUUGUGGCCGGAGGGGGCCGUGUUGAGAAGCCCAUCCUCAAGGCCGGUCGUGCCUACCACAAGUACAAGGCAAAGCGAAACUGCUGGCCAAAGGUCCGAGGUGUGGCCAUGAACCCCGUCGAGCAUCCUCACGGUGGUGGCAACCACCAGCACAUUGGCAAGGCCUCUACUGUCAGGAGAGAUGCCUCAGCUGGUCGCAAGGUUGGUCUGAUUGCUGCCAGGAGAACGGGUCGUAUCCGUGGUGGAAAAGACCUCGCCAAGAACAAGGACGACUGAGCUGUAAAGUUUUCAUUAAAAUAUGCCCCGCAUGUGUAA